ACGGCGAGGGAGCCGCGACCCCUCCCGGGAGGCGUGUCGUGGGGACUGCGGGCCAGGCGAGCUCCAGGCGGAGGAUCCUUGCCGGCAGCGGCGGGGCGAGACCUGCCGCCAGGUCCCUGCCGGAGGCGGGGGGCCGCUGGCACCUCGGGGCCGCUCUCUCCAGGCCGUUUAUGCGCAGCCACGUCCCCGAGCUGGCCCGGCCCGGCUCGGCCCCCGCUCUCCGCGGAGCCGCUCACUGCGCCUUUAGCGACGGCGGCUGCGCCUUCAGCGGCGGGCGGGCGGCACCGGGCGGCGGCGGCGGCGGCGUCUCCCGGCCGCGUCUCUCAGCGCCGCGGGCAAGGGGGCGGCGCGGGGCCUCUGCCGAAAGCCGAUGGGGCGCCGGAGAGCAGGGUGCCGGAGCGCCCAGCGGGCGAGCACCUGACCCGGCUGAGGACGGCUUGGCUGCGAGCGGGCAGCCCUGAAAUGGCGAAAGCACCGCUCCCAGCUGGCCCAUGCCGAUUUGGUGGUGCUCAGCGGCACAUGCAGAGUGUUCUCAGAGACUCUGUAGAGAGCUCCGAUGAUGAAUUCUUUGAUGCACGAGAAGAGAUGGUGGAAGGAAAAAAUGCUAUUCUCAUAGGCAUGAGCCAGUGGAACUCAAAUGACCUUGUUGAGCAAAUAGAAACAAUUGGGAAGCUUGAAGAAAAUCAAGGUGAAGAGUCUGCAUUUUGCUCAUCUGGCUUUCUACAGGAAAAACAACGUGAAUUAUAUAGAACCUCUGUAAGAAAACAAAGGUUCCCUGCACAAGGCAGUAUUGAAAUACAUGAGGACAAUGAGAAGCAGGAAAGAAUCUCAACAUGUGGUCCUUCCAGAAAACUGAUUAAGGUCCUCUGUCCACACAUAGGACAGGAAGGAGUUCAACACCAGAACUGCAAAACUCAUGUGCUAAUUUUGAUCCUACAUGGAGGGAACAUAUUAGACACUGGAAGUGGAGACCACAGCAGCAAGCUGGCAGAUAUCAACACCUUCAGUUCUGUGUUUGAGAAAGUGACCCGAGCCCAUUUCCCCGCCUCUUUGGGCCACAUUUUAAUGAGACUUGUUCCCUGCCCAGCAAUUUGUUCAGCAGCUUUCUCUCUUGUUUCCAGCCUAAAUCCUUACAGCUAUGAUGAGAGCUGUCUCAGCAGCAGUGAAGACCACAUCCCACUGGCUGCCUUGCCUUUGCUGGCUGUUUCAUCUCCUCAGUACCAGGAUGCAGUUGCUAUGGUGAUCAGUAGAGCCAAUCAAGUUUAUAAUGAGUUUCUCAAAUCUACUGAUGGGGCUGGUUUUAAUGGACAGGUGUGUCUUAUAGGUGACUGCAUUGGAGGAAUUUUGGGCUUUGAUGCCAUCUGCUAUAAUUCUAAUACAGCUUACGAGAGUCGGAACAGUAGCAGGAGAGGAAGCAUCAGCAGCAUCCAGGAUAAUCCACUCUUAGCAGAGGACUCCGGUCUGGGUGACAGCAGACACCUGAGCAAAAGCAAUAUUGACAUCUUGGGAAUCAUGGAGGAGGAGAAGCAAAGGCCAUCACUGCCUCGGAAACAGAGUGACUCAUCCACUUACGACUGCGAUACCAUAACCCAGCAUCAUGCCCUCCUGUCCAGCAUCCACUCAAGUGUGUUGAAAGAUGGUGCAGACCUUCCUCCUGUAGAUUCCAGUCUCUCAGAAGUAAAUCUGGGCCGAUUUGAAUUUGAGGUGUCUGAUUUCUUCCUUUUUGGAUCACCGCUUGGUUUGGUGCUGGCCAUGAGGAGCACUGUUCUGCCUGGUUUGGAUGUGUGCCAGGUCCGACCAGCCUGCAGCCAAGUUUACAGCUUCUUUCACUCUGCUGACCCCUCUGCCUGCAGACUUGAACCAUUGUUGGAGAAAAAAUUCCAUCUUCUUCCUCCAUUCAGUGUCCCACGGUACCAGAGAUACCCACUAGGAGAUGGAAGAUCUCACCAGUUAGGUGAUGCUCUCCACAAUCACAGUGGUCUGUUCCUUGAGAAUAGCUCUUUGAACAUACCUUUCUCUCAAGAGAGUCCUGAAUCUCCAAAUAUGUCUGAUCAACUGCAAGGGAAAACAAGAAAGUUGAGCUUGGCCAGCACAAACAGUGAAAACUCCGGGUCAAGUGAAAGCUUGCCAUCAGCAUGCCUCACCAGCAUUACUGCAAAGUGGUGGGGAACAAAACGAAUAGAUUAUGCCUUGUAUUGUCCAGAUGUGCUCACAGCCUUUCCAACGGUGGCCCUGCCACAUCUCUUUCAUGCCAGCUACUGGGAAUCAACAGAUGUUGUGGCCUUUAUCUUAAGACAGGUGAUGAGGUAUGAAAAUGUAAAUUUCAAGGAAAAUGACAACCUGGAUCCAGAAACACUAAGUCCAUCAAAUCCACGAGAAAAAUGGCUACGCAAAAGGACGCAUGUCAAAUUGAGGAAUGUGACUGCUAAUCACCGAGCUAAUGAUGUCAUUGCAGCAGAAGAUGGUCCUCAGGUACUAGUUGGGCGCUUUAUGUAUGGACCUCUGGACAUGGUGGCUUUAACAGGUGAAAAGGUGGAUAUCUUCAUAAUGACUGAGCCAUCUUCGGGUAGGUGGGUGUAUUUUGACACAGAGAUAUCCAACAGCAGUGGACGAAUAUCCUACAAUAUACCUGAACAGAAGAGACUGAGAGUUGGUGUGUAUCCCAUCAAAAUGGUGGUCAGAGGGGACCAGAGCAGUGCAGCAAGUUACCUGACUGUACUGCCCCGCGGAAUGGAAUGUGUUGUGUUCAGCAUUGAUGGUUCCUUUGCAGCAAGUGUUUCAAUUAUGGGAAGUGACCCCAAAGUCCGAGCGGGGGCUGUUGAUGUUGUCAGGCAUUGGCAGGACCUGGGAUAUCUGAUUAUCUACAUCACUGGCCGCCCAGAUAUGCAGAAACAGCGUGUAGUUUCGUGGUUGUCCCAACACAAUUUCCCACAAGGGAUGAUCUUCUUCUCAGAUGGACUCGUUCAUGACCCACUGCGACAAAAGACCAUUUUUCUCCGGAAUCUCAUGCAAGAGUGCCACAUCAAAAUCUGUGCCGCAUACGGUUCCAUGAAGGAUAUUUCUGUGUACAGUGUCUUGGCUCUGUCGCCAUCCCAGAUCUACAUAGUUGGACGAUCCACAAAGAAAUACCAGGCACAGUGCCAAUUCCUCAGUGAAGGUUAUGCAGCCCACUUGGCCUCGCUGGAGUUCAGUCUCCAUUCACGACCCAAAAAGAACAACUCUCGGAUGAUCUUGAGAAAAGGCAGCUUUGGCCUCCACUCGCAACCUGAGUUUUUGCGCAAGAGAAACCACCUCCGCAGGACUAUGUCUGUACAGCAACCUGACCCGCCUUCUUUAAACCCCAAGCCAGAGCGUGCUCAGAGCCAGCCUGAAUCAGACAAAGACCAUGACAGGCAUUUGCCUUCCAUUGCUUGGGUUCGAGGUGGAGUUCACAAAUUCGAAUCUGUUCCCUAAGGAGGACUGGGAAUGUUGAUCUUGGAUGCACCCCAUAAAACUUGUAAGCAUGCCUGAAAGAUAGUAUUUAGGCAGCUCCAAAUUAAGAGAAGUGGACAGGAAUUUGUACCUUGGAGUCUUCCCUGUUCUGAAAUCUGCCUUCUUACACCAACUAGGGCACUUCCAGUCUCUUCCUCUUAUCAUGUUUAUUGGGGAAGUUUAAAACAAUCUAAAACUACCACAAGUUUAUCCAUAGCAACAGGUUAUUUUUGGGAACAGAUAUAAUAUGUGCAAUAAGAGGAAAAGAUACUGAUUUUGCUCAGAAGGAUUGUGGUAUCAGCUAAUUAGCUGCACCCAAAACAGCAUCAAGGGUGGGUCCUGUAAGUUACAGAGGAGGUUUACACUUUAAACAUUAAGUAGUCAUGUCUGUUUCCACUUCACUUUUCAAUAAAAGUGAUGAAGGGAAGCAGCAGUGGGAGCUACAAUAGCAGGUGGUUAGGACUUCUACAAGAAGAUGCUUUCUGGGUGCCUUUAAAUUCAAGGUUUCCUUUCAGCCUAGUGUUGGUCAACAAACUCCAACAUGGGCACUCAUGUUUGUGUGAGGCGCUGGACAAAUAAAUGAGAACUUGUGAACCAAACAUAAAAACUUCAUGUUAAAAAUAAAUGUGUCAGUCACGGGUUGAACACAGUUAAUGUUGUUGUAACCAAAGUAGUGUGCAACUGUACAAAGAUCACAUUGUUUGUGGAACUUGAUGACUGCAAAAACGUGUGGACUACUCCAAAGAAGAUGACUGUGAUGAUCUCAGUCUGAGAGUCAGAUCCUAAGAGGGCAAGCUAAAAGGAACAAUUUCACUAAGGGAUCUGCAAACUUCAGAGCAAUUGCUUUUUUAAUUAUUCAAACUAGAAUAUUUACACUGGAGGGGAAGAAAAAAGUAAUUAAGUAAAUUGAUAAAUUGUUUACCUUCUCAUACUUCACAGCAACUGCUGCAUUGACAAUCUGUAGCAUUCAGAAUUACAGCAUUUGAGCUUCAAAGAGUGGAUAUGCGAAAAAACAGGUGCCACAUAGACAUUUCUCUACUGAUUUAAAUUUCUCACUGAUCUCUCAAUGCACUUACUAGAAGUAAAAUGUGUGACAUUUUCCCUAAGUAGUAAUAUUUCUAGAGCAUUAUAGUUACUUUAACAUAGUAGCAGUUUGCAGAUUGUCCAUGGAAAUUCAUCAAGAGAAUUUAAAGACUGAACUGACGCAUGUUUUAAAAUCUGCAAUGAUGUUACAAGUGCAUAUAAAACCCCUGUUUUUUAGAGUUAAAAACAUAAUAUUGACACUGAGAAAGCUUGAAGUCAAAAGAACAUUCCUUUUUCAGGUUUGUUGUUUGUUUUUUAUUUCAGGGAAUUGGGGUGAAGAGGGUGUUAUGCCUCUCCAUCCUCCUUUCAGGUUUUGCUAGACUUGUCUCACCAAGUUGGUUAAUGAUUUUGAAAGUUAACAUGUAAAACAAGAAAUACAAUGGAAAACUAAGUUAGUGCAGAAGUAAAGAAAGUCUGUACUUUCUGUUAACCACGAAGUUUCAGUGGGCUUUUGGAAGGGCAUAGGAGUGUAGCUCUUAAGGAGUGCCUUAGGAUGCAGCAAUAUAGCUUAUAAAUGGAGAUGUUUGAUUUAUAUUUUCAGAAAUUACUUGGCAUGAUUGUCAGUUACCUAUUUCAAACUUCCUGAAAUAUCUCUGGUAUAUCAGUAGCUGGUUGUUUUGGUUUUUUUUUUCCUAAUGCUUCCUUUAAGGGAAGGAGUAAUCUCUGUUGAAGAUUAAGGGAAGAUGUAAAACGUUUGGUAGCAAACAUUCUUUGGGAGCAGGUAAAUACAUUACAAGGGGCUAGGGUUUUGUGCUCUGUUGCUACAAAAGCUAAAUGAAAGAUAGCUUGCAAACUACAUUGAAACACUCUUAACAUUUACAAAUGCUUUCCCAGUAGUGUCAUAGUUUUGAACCCAUGAAGUUGGAGGAAUUAUUCCAUGUUCUGUCUCAGCCCACUGCAUGUAUUCAUUCUAGUCACAUAGUCCAUUUCUUCUCUGCUUUGCACUAUGAUGAAAUUGCAUGGGUGCACCAGCAUCCAUCUCCUUCUAGUGAAUUUACUGUUAGCACACUCCUGCUUGUUAGUUUUAAAUAGGCAUGGGGAUCCAAGGCUUGUGAGGGAGGAACUUAUUAGGAAUAUUUUAAGUUUUAUGAGGGGUCUAAAAUAUUGACUGAUCAAAAAGUUCUUUUUAAUCAUUGGAUGUUGUUUAGCAUGUCUCCUGACUAUAAUCGCUAUUCCUGUACAAAGCUACUGUUGUUUUAGCCAUCUACCUCUAUCACCCAAGAGACUUGAAAACCUAUUUUUUUUGUUUUGGUUGCUGUAGUAGAAAGGUCUACUUCCUUUCAAAAGAGUGAUCUGUGUGUAAUUCUGUGUGACUGAAUUGAAGGAAAUAGUGUCUGAGUACAAGGUUAGAAAAAUCUCCUAGGUUAUAAAGGGCUGUCUUUUACUCUUGGAGACAUAAUGUCAUUUUACAGGGUUCCAUGUGAUGAAGACUCCGAUUUUAUGUAUUUCUGUUAAUAGCUGGGUCACCUUUACAGUAGUUACUGUGCUGGCUUCCCUGAAGAAUAUUAGGAGCUUAAUAGCAGUAAAACAAGUGUGCGUGCAUGUGUACAAUUUAGUGUGGUAACAAUUUCAAAGGUUUCUACACAUGGUAUUAAAAUCAAGCUGAAAAUAUGCUCCCUAACUUUGUUUUCAUACAGUGUAUGAGAGCUUAUGUGGUAUUUGCAUAAUUCCAGCACUGCUGAUUACUCAUGGCUAAAUGGUUUAUCUUGUGAUCCCACACUCCAGCAGUGCACUUGGCAAAAUAGUGACACAGGCUUUUUAGUUACGUACUUCGUCCACAUGAAACUGCAUCCAGUCAUUUACAGGCAUUCAGCUUGCAAUAGGAUUUCAGUUCUACUUGUGUUUUCAUGGAAGAUCAGUCCCCUAAGAAGCCAUUCGCUGAUGGUAAGUUUGAUCCUACAGUCAUCUUAUUCUUGAUUGCAAGUCCUCAUUGCUGCAGUUUCUGUGCAGUCAGCACUUAAACUAUAUGGACUAUGAAAGUGUUAUAGCAUACACUGAAGGGAAAGGGACAGAGAAGUCAGGUGGGUGUGCCCACAGAACAUACAUUAGACUCAUGAGUUGUUACAUUAGCACCAUCAGUUGUAACAGAAAAGCACAUUCUUUUAACCUGCUGAAUGGAGGAAGCAUAAAUGAAAUUGUAAACCACAAAAUUUUAGUUCAGUGGGUGCUAAGGGUACAGUACAAGUAUGCCACAGUUGGAAGCAUUUACUUCUUUGACCUGUUGAUAUGGAUCAAUUUUAAAUUACUGUAAAAAAUGGCUGUGAUUAAUAGCAGUGGUAGAGUUAUUUGAGAUAUUGUGAAAACACACGUUCACAACUGUGGUGCUUUGGUUUUGUCUGUGUGUAUGUGUGUAUAACUACUGGAAGACACUUAAGUUUUGGUUCUGCUUUCACAGCAAAUUUGUAACCAAUACACAUUAAAAAAAAAAGAACAAAACCAACUCAAACACAGCAACAGUGGCUGUCUGUUCAAUUUUGUUGUCUAGCUAGGUAGGUUUGGAACAUCAUUGUAUAGAUUGCAGAAUUGAAUAGUGAUAUUAAGCCAAAUCUGCUUAUUUUGAGUAACAUUUUUGUUUGCAUACACUGGUGCUCUUGGUAUAGAUUUUUGCUUGACCAAAGUAUUCCUGUUUAGUUUUGUGGCAUGGUUUGUAUCUAUUCAGCAUAAAAUUCUGUUAGGUGUAAAAAUGACAAAGUAGUGGUAAUUCUUAUUCAUUGGGGUUCAUGAGAGCUGUCCUUUUUAUUUGUUUACAUUAAACUAGUCUUAAUGUAGACAGAUUACUUCACUUUUCCCUCUAUAUCUAGGGAAGUCACUUCCAAACAGCUAAAACUUUCACUGGUUAUGUAGAAGUGGAACAACAGUAAACUAGAGGGAAAAAAAAAAAUACACACCUGGGUCUAUCCAGGACAAUGACAUUUUUUCAGAAGCCCCAGUAUUCUGCAAAAUACCCUUUGUUUGCCAUUACUAGUGGAUAAGUUGUCCUGUUUAUACAUUGCGGUCUUUCUUUAGCCAGGACACUACUAAUGCGUGUAUUUAACAAAUCCUCAAUACUUAAGUAUAUAUUAUCAUCAUGUUCUUCAUGGAAUAAAUUUAGAAAGGGGAAAAUUUAUUUUUUUCCCUUUUUUCUAUACCAUUUCUGUUUUAAAUUUUCUAAAAGCUUUUUUAAUAAGCAUUUAAAACAAUACCUGAAACCAGUAGGUAUUUUACGUUUUAAAAUUUGUAGGUCCAACAGUUGUUACUGAACAAGUAGGAUUUUCCUCAGUUUUUUUUUCCCUCUUGCCAUCCAGGCUGCAGAAAGGUGAGUACAUCGUCAUAGGACUAGAUGAUUGGAGCAUGGGUAUCUUUUUAGUAAACUCAUUGGCUUGAUAAUGGAGAGAUGAGAAUUAUGCACCACAAUUUCAUGAUUUUUCUGAUUAGAGAUUGACGUGUGGCAUCUGAACUCAGAAUCUCUGCAUUGAAUUCUUCAUGUCAAGCACGUAGGGGAGAAAGUGGCACUUUCAUCCUCAUCUGGAGCUGGUACAGGAUAGAAGUCCUAUACACACAAAACCUUCCAGCCUACCUCUCAGCUUCUCUAAGAGCAGUGGUUCCUCAUGGUUUUGUGUUCAAAGCUUAAGCAGAAAUUUCAUUUUGUCAAGGUAAUUAAGACUUCCAUUAUGUUUAGUCACACAAGGUAACUAUACGUUACCUGAGCCUAAAUUCAGAACCCCCCCCCAAAAAAAAAAAGAAAUUAAUAACACAUUUUUCUGGAUGAAAAUACCUGUUUCUCAGAAAUAAAGCCUGGAACAGCUAGAAUCCUGUGCAUGGACACUGGAAUUGAAGUCAUGUGUUGUCUCUUUCACUCACUUUAGGUCAAGCCCAGACAGGGAUUAUUACAGUUUACCCACUACAUGUAUUAUAAGCUAUCUCAGUAAGCUAUCCUUGAAACUGAAUUGAAUUUUGGGGGGUUGGGGAAGAUAAAUUUCACAGUUCAUUUGUCAUUUGUAUGAAUGUAUAGAACAUAGGAGGGGGAAAAGAAAAAGGCGGGUUUACUGUGACAUGGUGGGAGAUGGUAUACUAGAGAUUGCAACAUUGAAACAUGAUUUACAGAUAGCAAAUUUGAAAAGUAGUGUUAUUCCUGGAUGACUGGUCUACAGCCCAGAAUGGCAGUCCUCUCACAGAACCCCAAGUCUUAUGCAUAAUUGUUUUUCUAUUUGUGGGGGUGAAAAGGGGCAGUUCCCUUACAAUUGAAUUCACACAAGGAAACUUGAAAUUGUAGGUGUUCUUUCAGUCUAUAGUUUUAUUAAGUGCAUAAUUUUAAAUAUUGUCAGUGAGAAGGUUCUGUCUGGUGACAAAUGUUUAUAUUUCUUAUGGCUGCCUUGUAAAGAUUCAAAAAUGUACAAUAAUGAAUUUCUUAAUAUGAAAUAAGGAGUAAGAUUUCUACAACUGCUAUAGAUUUUGAUGUGAGCUGAUUUUUAAAAUCUUGAAACAGAUUAGCCACUUAAAUAAAACCUUCCUUGCCUUUAAA